AUGUUGUAUGGUCACCCCGAUCACCGUGGCGGAACCACGAUGAUCGAGAACAAUGAUGGCUGGUUGAAUUCAAGCGGAGCGGUCACUGGAAGGUUCCAGAUUAAGACCACCAGCGACAUGUACCUGGCCAUCCGUCACUCUCAGUUCAUUGUGACCACAGUGCCAUCGUAUGGACAAGAUACCAUCUUGCAGCUCCUGAGCCAGUUUGACCUGCGCAACCACACUCUCAUUAUCAACGUCGGCAACUUCUUCUACCUCUCCGCUCGCCAAAAGGUCAAUGCCCAUGCCAUCCUCGAAACCGAUAUCUCCCCUUAUGCCACCCGCAUUACAGGGGACACAGUAUUUGUCAAGGGGGUCAAGAAAAGCCUGGCCAUCUGGGCCGAGCCACCCACCACACAGGUCGAGCGCCUUGAUGCUGAUGCCGAACUUGGUCUCCGACGCCAGGUCGAGUCGAUCUUCUCGCAGAAGCUUGUGUGGUGUCAGAACCUACUCGAAGUGGGCUUGAACAACAUCAACCCAGUCGUGCACUGCCCAGCGGCGCUCAUGAACGCGGGCUGGAUCGAGGCCACCAAGGGCGAUUUCUACUUCUACGCCCAGGGAAUGUCACCAUCAGUCUCUCGUGUGACAGAAAAAGUGGACAAGGAACGUCUUGCGAUUGCUCACGCUUACGGUCUUGACCUUGUCCCCAUCACGACCUACAUGAACCACAACUACAGCAACGACCGCGAAUACAGCGACUACCAUGAUUUCGCCGCGUGCUCAGUGAUCCACAACAAGACCAAGAGCUCUCCAACUACCCUGAAACACCGCUAUCUGCUGGAGGAUAUUCUUUACGGAAUGGUCCCCUGGUAUGAGCUCGGUCUGAAGUGUGGUUUGACUUCGCCGACCAUCCGGGCACUCAUCGAGAUGGCUUCUGUUGUGAGUGGAUUUGACUACUUUGAACACGGAAGGACCCUGAAGGCUGCUGGGCUUGGCGAUACCACUAAGGAGCAAGUGCUUAUGGCCCUGGGAGGACCUUUGGACAAGACUACCAGUGCGAUCCCUCCUCCCUCAGACUCACCCGUGGACAACAAUUUCCACUUGCAUGCUCCACUGCAAACAGCUCAAGUGGCUGGGUAA